ACCGGCAAGUACACUUGUCCACGUUCUGAAUUCAUCUCCUGAGUUCGCUUUUGUGUAACCGUGGAUAUAUACUCAUUCUUCUAUCUUUUAUAGAACCUUCAUUAUUCUUAUCCGUGGUAUCGUAUCAAUCUCUCGUUUAAAUCUCGUUCAGAUCCAAUGACUUAAUCUUGAUCCCUAAUUUUCGUCGUCGCUCGUUGGCACCCGUCCUUCCGUUCUCAUUCUGAUAUCCUCUUCUUCUUUUUGUUUUUUCUGUCUCAUUUUAUUUAAUAUUCUUUGCAUAAAUGCCAGAGCACUUUUCUUACUCCCGGUUAUGGGAGAGUAUCCCGAAUGCCCUCCCAUGGCACACCGGAGAUGGUGUGAAAGGCGAUCCCCGAAAGACCGUCAAAUGGAUUGAUGGUCUCCGUGGAUUCGCUUCAGUUCUGGUUGUCGCAACCCAUCUUGCCCGCGCAUGGGAUUACGAUUUAUUCGCUCCUCGAGAUAAUCCAGACGUCCCGCCUCGAUUACUACAACAAAUCAUCCUCCGAAUCCCCUGGCAAGGUCGUAUCGGCGUCACUAUUUUCGCCUUUCUGACGGGAUAUGUCUGCGCUCUCAAACCCAUGAAGCAAUCGCGGGCGGGCGAUACAAACGGCGCUUUUGUGACUGUCGCCAAAUCCGCGUUUCGUCGUCCUCCUCGUCUCGUUUUCCCGGCUACGAUUGCCAUGUGCAUUUCUUGGACUUUGGCGCAGUUUGGUGCUUAUACCGUCGGAAAUAGAUGCGACUCGUCGUGGACUCGUGAUGCGUCACCGGAUCUUCAAGAUACUUUGUGGAAGGAGAUUAUUAGUCUGUUCAAGAAUUUCUUGGUGGCCUGGACCAAUACCGAUUAUAGGGUUCACAUGAUCUACGAUGAACACCAGUGGGCCCUGUUACCACUGCUGAAGUGCUCCAUGCUCAUCUAUAUUGUUUCAUUUGCGACGAUUCUAUGCAAAUACCGCUAUCGCCUGCUUAUCUGCGUCUUGCUAAUUGCCUACUUCCAUCAAGACCCCCAGCUCGACCGGGAGACCUUCCAAAUUCAAGCUCUGUACGGCAUGGUACUAAGCGAUUUGUCCUAUGAGCAACGGUACAAGAGUUUCUUGCAGAGCGAGACCUACCGUUGGCCACGCCGCAUUCUCGGCUUUUCUCUGUUUAUAGGCGGCCUGAUCGUCUGCUCCUACCCCGGUGAACACCCCGAAUGGGCCGGCUGGUCGAACCGCAUGUUCGAAUGGGCCGAAUACCUUUUCCCGCUUGGCAGCAACUACGGUAAACGCUGGACUGCCGUCGGCAUGGACAUGAUCAUCAUGUCAAUUUUCCUGACCAACUGGUCCAAGGAGUUUUUGUCUAGCUCCAUCUUGCUCUGGUUUGGCAAGCAAAGCUUUGCCGUCUACCUUAUUCACGGCACUCUAUUGCGUACCGUCCUGGUAUGGAUGGUUUAUGGUAUUAGUGGUGAGCCCUGGGUAUGGACCCAAGAUCCUGAAGGAAACCCCGUCCCGCCACCUUGGCUACCUCGCCGCGCACCUUGGGUCUUUGCCGUCAGUAUUCCCUGCUGGCUCGUGUUGUUAUAUUUCUGCGCCUCGAUGUGGACUACCUACGUCGACCCGUUCUGUGCUCGUCUUACACAACGUAUUGAGAAGACGUUCUUUGAUGACGGAGACGAGAAGGGACCAGAACUCAUUCCCAUGACCUCCCGUCCGAUGCCGACUGUUUAAUCACCUAUAACCAGAACUUAUGAGCAACCAUACAUAAUAUUUUCGGCGCUGCGACUGCAACAUAAUGUGAAAUAUGCAAUUUUUUUCCCCUUUCUUUUUUACCUGCAUGGGACAAUCGGAUAUAUUGUUUUGACUAUUUAUCUGUAUUUUUUUAUUCGGUAUAUAUCUGACAUACUUUCAGGAAAAGUACGCCUUUCGUUUCAUCUUCAAGAUUUUUCCCUGUGUAUACAACGGAUUGGCGUUGCCAUUCUCGAUCAUCGUUCACAACUUGCAUAAGCGGAUUGCACGGUGUUUAUAAAUAAUUUAUUAUACAAUUAUAUUGUUCCUAACGAGAUAUACGGUGGAAAAUACGAGAGAUGAUCUGAAACAAAUGUAUCUCCUUAGGGUCAGGUCAGAUCAUCACGGAAUAGCAUGAGCGAUUCUGGAGGUAUUGA